AUGAUUGAAGUCACGGUGACCUUUGUCCCGCAGGUGUCCGACACCCUCUCUGACUGCAGGAAACACCUGACCUGGGUGGUGGCGGUUCUGCAGGAAGUGGCGGCGGCCGGAGCUCAGAUGAUGUCGCCUCUCGGAGAGCAGGAGGGUCUGUCCGCCGUCAAACUGGAGGACGUGGCGUUCAAGGCGGGAGAGCAGAUUUAUGGCUCCCAGGGCGCCAACCCCUACGAGUGUCUGCGACAGUCCUGUGGCAUCGUCAUAGCAACCAUGAACAAGAUGGCCACCGCCAUGCAGGAGGGCGAGUAUGACUCAGAGAGGCCUCAGAACAAGAACCCGCCGCCGGUGGACCUGCGGGCGGCGGCUCUCCGGGCUGAAAUCACAGACGCAGAGGGUCUGGGGAUGAAGCUGGAGGACAGAGAGACGGUCAUCAAAGAGCUGAAGAAGUCUCUCAAGAUCAAAGGAGAGGAGCUCAGCGAGGCGAACGUCCGUCUCAGUCUGCUGGAGAAGAAGUUGGACAGUUCGUCCAAAGACGCGGACGAACGCGUUGAAAAGAUUCAGACUCGGCUGGACGAGGCUCAGACGCUGCUGAAGAAGAAGGAGAAGGAGUUCGAGGAGACGAUGGACGCCCUGCAGGCCGACAUCGACCAGCUGGAGUCGGAGAAGGCCGAGCUGAAGCAGCGAAUCAACAGCCAGUCGAAGAUGACCAUCGACGGGCUGAGAGGAACCGGCCCGUCAGGAAUCGCCUCCAUCGUCACAGGAAUGGCCGGAGAGGAACAAAAAG